CUUACUGGUCAGCAGCAACAGGAAGAUUUCUUCUUCAUCCUCUUCCUGUUCAUUUACCCCAUCACACUGACUGGAAACCUGCUCAUCAUCUUGGCCAUCCACGCUGACAUUCGCCUGCACAACCCCAUGUAUUUUUUCCUUGCCAACCUCUCCCUUGUUGACAUCUUAUUCUCCUCUGUAACCAUCCCCAAGAUGUUGGCCAACCAUGUCUCAGGCAGCAAAGCCAUCUCCUUUGGGGGAUGCCUAGCACAGAUGUGUUUCAUGAUUGGCAUGGCUAACACAGAUAGCUAUAUCCUGGCUGUGAUGGCAUAUGAUCGUGCGGUGGCCAUCAGCCGCCCACUUCAUUACACAACAAUUAUGAGCCCACGGAUUUGUGUCCUUCUAGUUGUCGGAUCGUGGGUGGUUGGAAAUGCCAAUGCCGUCCCCCACACUCUACUCACAGCUAGUCUGUCUUUCUGUGGCAACCAGGAAGUAGCCAACUUCUACUGUGACAUUGCCUCUUUACUCAAGCUGUCCUGUUCUGACAUCCGCUUUAAUGUGAAGAUGAUGCACCUAGGGGUUGGUAUUUUCUCUGUGCCAUUACUAUGCAUCAUCGUCUCCUAUGUCUGGGUCUUUUCCACAGUUUUACGGGUUCCAUCCACCAAGGGUGUGCUCAGAGCCUUCUCCACCUGUGGCUCCCACCUCACAGUUGUUUCUCUGUAUUAUGGGACAGUCAUGGGCAU